GCAAUUUCCUGCGCACAUUGCAACACCAGAUACAAGACACAACACACGAGCAACACCGAGCAACACCAAAGCAAGCAAGCAACAAGCAAGCGAGCCGACUCCAAGCACAGAGAUGAAGGUCGUAAUCGUUGGCGGCGGGCUUGUGGGAGCCCUGGAGGCCUGCUUCAUGGCCAAGCGAGGCCAUGAGGUGCUGCUCUUCGAGACCCGCAAAGACCUGCGGAAGGAGCCGCGCUACAGCGGCUACAGCAUCAACCUUGCCCUGUCCAUUCGUGGCAUUGACGCCCUCAAGCAUGCUGGCGUUGACCACAAGAUUGUGUCCAAGGGCAUUCCCAUGCGCGCGCGCAUGAUCCACUCGCACAGCGGCAAGCUCUCCAAGCAGCCAUAUGGCACCAAAGACCAGGCCAUUCUCUCCGUGGACAGGCGCGGUCUGAACGAAGAGCUCCUCACAGCUGCCGAGAAGUACAAGGGCGUCAAGAUUUACUUCCAGCACAAGCUGCGUCGCAUGAACACCAGCAACAACACCUGCGUCUUUGAAGACAAAGACCAUAAGGAGGUGCGUGUGCAGGCCGACCUUAUCACGCUGUUCAUGCCCUUUGACAAGUUUGAGUCCAUCAAGACAGACGCGGACAUCAUUUCGUUCUUUGAGGCGGAGUUCCCGGACAGCCUGCCGCUGCUUGGGCGGGACAACCUCAUCCACGACUUCAACACCAACCCGACGUCUCCGCUCAUCACCGUCAAGUGCUCCAAGAUCGCCGCUGCGCGCUGCUGCCUCCUCGGUGACGCCGCACACGCCAUCGUCCCCUUUUACGGCCAGGGCAUGAACGCCGGCUUUGAGGACUGCCUCGUCCUUGAGGACUGCUUGAACGCCGAGAGCGAUAUUGAAAAAGCGAUGAAGCUCUUCAGUGACACCCGCACAAAGGACGUCCAUGCGAUCGCUGACCUCGCCCUCUACAACUACAUCGAGAUGCGCGACCUUGUCAACUCGUCGUGGUUUCUGUUCCGCAAGAAGGUCGACAACGUGCUGCACUGGCUCAUGCCCAACACGUUCAUCCCCCUCUACACCAUGGUUACCUUCACCCGCAUCCCCUACGCGACGGUGAUUGCUGCCAACGAGAAGCAGAAGAAGGUCGUCAACGUUGGCCUUGGCCUCGCUGCCCUGGGCGGCAUUGCUGGCGCUGCGCUCCUUGCAAAGCGGUACCUCGCAAAGUGAUGGUGGUGAUGAUUGUGAUGAUGGUGAUGAUGAUGGAAUAUGCUUGCGCUUGGUGUCUUGCACUAGCCCCAGCAUUACACAAUGGAACCCAA